CUUCUCUCGAUGAUUACUCUCUCGACUGCACGGCUGCGACACGGGCGCCACAAGGCAUGACGACCAGAGUCGCAACGACGGAGGGUUCCUGUCUAUUUUCUGCUCAGUAAAGGCUAAAGCGCAUGUGGCGGUCGCCGCGGAGAUCUCUGCCGGACUUGCUCGUCACUCACCGCUGACUCAAUUUGACAUCAACCCCCCGACUCGACUCGACAAGGCCUCUCUAUUCAGCAGUCUCAAUUCAACGAACCACGACUGCGUGUGCUGCACGGCAAUGGUCACGAUCAGGGCGCAGCAGUUGCACUUAUAACGACAUUUCCUUCCUUCAGCCCUACCCCGACCCCGUCACACCAUGGUGCGUGCACUGCCCGGUGCGGCGGCGGGGACACCAGCCCAUGACGAUACGGCCAUUGAGGCAGUGCUCGACAGCCCUGCCGGCAGCCAAGUCGACGACGACCGCCCACAGACCGCAGCGGCUUCCCUCGCCAUGGAUGGCGCGACGGCCCGUCCCUCCCCCUGCGGCGGCGGCAGCAACGUUGGUGGUGACGGCAAUGGGCGGCCCGUGACGACGCUCGCCAGGGACAAGCACGGCCGGUUCGACUUCGUCCGUGGCUCGCGCCUCAUCAACAACCUGCCCUUCAUCGUGGGCUUCAUGGAGCUCGGCAACGCGGGGGACUUUGCCGCCAACGUCUGGAACGAUGUUCCCGUGCCCAUCUACGCCAUCGUCUUCAUGGCCAUUGGCGGCGUCGUCGCCGGCGCGCUCAGCGUCUUUGCUUUUCGCGACGCCUUCGUGUCGUGCCGCAAUGUCCUGUUCCUGCGCCUGCAGAGGCGGGCGAUCGAGGCCGAGAGGCAGCGGCGCGUCCAGCGCGGCGAGUCGCUUCUCGACAUGGACGUCUACCGGGCUGUCACGUUCCGCGAGUUCGGCAGCGAGACCAUCGCCCGCUGGUUCAUGGACAUGCUGUUGGGUUUCGGUGCCGUCCUCAUCUGCAUCGGCACUUUCAUGGCCAUCGGAGGCGCCAACUACGAUGUCUGGUUCGCGAGUAACCUGCUCUCGGGAUACAUCGGCAACGCACCCAUCGCCCUCUACGGCCUCGUCAACUCGGGCUGGUGCGGGUACAUCUUCCUCAAGGCCCAACAUCACAUCGCGGCGACUGCCGGACCCCUCAAGGGAUCCCGGGCGGCGGCUCUCAUCAAGCGGCGCAGUCGCAACGUCCAAACAUUCUGCGUCAUCAACGGCACGGCGACGAUACUGGGCGGCGUCGGCUCGAUGAUCACAGCCACGCGAUGGUGGGGAUACGUAAUCCUCAUCCCUGUCAUAAUGUCAUCCGUCUUCUGCAACGUCUGGUGGCGUCGCCGCGUUGGUUACACCCGCGCGUGGGCGAAGCCGACCCCGUUCCCAGCCCUGUCUCCCAGCAAACUUGUGGCGGACCUCGAGUUCGCAGCCCGCGCCGAGGUGACCAUCCGCGAGAACCGGGAUAACCCUCUGCAACAGUUCGUCGCCGACCCGGCCUCCCUGCCAGACGUUGUGGCUUUCCUGGAGUGUCACGACCUGUUCGACGACUUUUGCCUGCGCGUCGUCUCCUCGGUGCCCGACGCGCGCAGCGCCCUGGGCGGGUCCCAACCGACUUGCAACGAGCUUCAUAUCGGAGUAGGCGAGAUCUUGGCCCUGGACAAGGCACUCCACGCCCAACUGCUCGACGCGGCGCAGGGUUGCUUCCGGGAGCUGGGAGCAGAGCACUUCCGCAACCGCGAGCGUUACACUGCCGAGCUGCUGGGCACGUACUACCUCGUUGCUGGCAAUGUAGACUUUGACGGCAUCGAAGACGCGGGCGGGGCGACCGAAUCGAGCGAGAAAUAAUAUCUUUGUUUAAAUAGGAGACUUGUACCGGUUUAAAUCUACACGGUGAUUGGGGCUAUAAAUGACGGCAUCAAUACAUAGGAGCGAGCCAACAUGUUUGGCAUCAUAGUCCGCAGGGCGCUUGGGCAUGCUACGUACUACAAUCUGCUUCAUUAGCUUAUCCUUGCAUUAAACAACUACUCAGAAAGGCAUCUAGGCAGAGCGUUGAAAUAACUGAGAUUUUUAUUACAGAACAAGGUCAAUAUUUUGCCAAUACACUACAUCUAGCC